AUGAUUCCUGAAGAAUUGAUUAGCCGUUUGCAUGGCCGUGCUAUACUUGCUCCUACAUUAGAGGUAGUUGAUGAGGUUAACCAAUUCAUGAUUUCUUUGGAUCAGUCUCCAGGUCGUGUUUACUUAAGUUCUGAUAGUAUUUCAAAAUCUGAUUUCACAUCAAAUGGUCUCGCUGAGAUACAUUCUGUGGAGUUCUUGAACAGUUUGAAGUGUUCUGGUACUCCUAACCAUGAAUUGUUGUUGAAAGUUAGUACACCAGUGAUGUUGUUGAGGAACAUAGACCUGUCAAAUGGGUUGUGUAAUGGCACAAGAUUGAUAAUUACACGAUUAGGUGAUUAUGUGUUAGAAGGACGGGUAUUGGGUGGCCAUAAAGUGUUGAUUCCUCGAAUGUGCCUAAUACCGUCUGAUCCGAGAUUGCCUUUCAAGUUCCAAAGAAGACAGUUUCCUUUGACUGUGUCGUAUGCAAUGACCAUUAACAAGAGUCAGGGUCAAUCGCUCUCUCAUGUUGGAUUGUUUUUGAGAAAACCUGUUUUCAAUCAUGGACAGCUGUAUGUUGCUAUAUCAAGAGUCACAAGUCGUGAAGGUUUGAAGAUUUUGGUGUGUAAAGAUGAACAUGGUGAAGGCUAUGGUGAUUCUACUGUUAACAUUGUUUAUAAAGAAGUUCUUCAAAACUUAUGA